AGAAGUGAAACAAGCAGAAAGGUUAAAUCACCGAAGCUGAGCAUUUAUUUCUGGUUUUUAACCACUUUCUUUUGUUUCUGUUCAAACACAGGUGGGAAGGGCAUGGGAGGAUGGGAAGGUGGGAUCUGCAUGCCUGGGAUCUUCCGCUGGCCCGGGCUGCUCCUGGCCGGCCGAGUGAUUGGCGAGCCCACGAGUCUGAUGGACGUGUUCCCCACCGUGGUCCAGCUGGUGGGCGGCGAGGUGCCCCAGGACAGGAGGAACAAUGCGGAACUCCACUUUGUGAUGCCUGUGUUCCAGCCAGAGGGAGCCGGUGCCUGCUAUGGAAGAAAGGUCUGCCUGUGCUUUGGGGAAAAAGUAGUCCACCAUGAUCCACCUUUGCUCUUUGACCUCUCAAGAGACCCUUCUGAGACCCACAUCCUCACACCAGCCUCAGAGCCCGUGUUCUAUCAGGUGAUGGAACGAGUCCAGCAGGCGGUGCGAGAACACCAGCGGACACUCAGCCCAGUUCCUCUGCAGUUGGACAGGCUGGGCAACAUCUGGAGACCGUGGCUGCAGCCCUGCUGUGGCCCAUUCCCCCUCUGCUAGUGCCUUAGGGAAGAUGACCCACAAUAAAUGUCUGCAGUGAAAAGCUGGAGCCCUGAUUCCUAAAUUUGUCACUCAAAUUGAAACAAACCAGCUGGCCAUGGUGGCUGUCAUCCCAGCACUUUAGGAGGCCACCACAGGAGGAUCACUCCCGUGAUCAAAACCAACCUGGUCAACAUGAUGAAACUCUAGCUCUACAAAACAAAAAUAAAAAAAAAAUUAGCCUGCAUGGUGGCACACGCCUAUAGUUCUAGCUUCUCAGGAGGCUAAGGCAGGAGGAUCAUUUGAGCACAGGAGUUGGAGGCUGCACUCAGCUAUGAUUGUACCACUGCACCCCAGCCUGGGCAACAGAGCAAGACCCUGUCUUAAAAAAGAAAGAAAACAAAAAAUGAAACAAACUUCGGUGUCAGGUUAAGGCAUCUAUGUGCAUAAGGAUGAAUCGUUUCUCCCUGACAGAAACAAAGAAAGGCGAGAAAAAGUAGAAAUGAACAAUAAACACUGGCCAGGUGCAGUGGCUUACUCCUGUAAUCCCAACACUUUGGGAUGCAGAGACGGGCAGAUCACUUGGGGUCAGGAGUUCAAGACCAGCCUGGCCAACAUGGUGAAACUCCAUCUCUAUCAAAAAAAGAAAAAAAAAAAAAAAAAAGGCUGGCAUGGUGGCGUACACCUGUAAUCCCACCUACUCAGGAGGCUGAGACAGAAGAAUUGCUGGAAGCCAGGAGGCGGAGGUUGCAGUGAGCUGAGAUCACACCACUGCACUCCAGCAUGGGUGACAGAACAAGACUAUGUCUCACCAAAAAAAAAUAAACAAACAUUAAUAAUGCACUGUUGAGUGAUCACUCAGACACCCAAACUGGAGAGGUAAAGUAUCUCCUGGAGUAGGGGAGGAUUCUGUCAAUGGAUCCUAACUCAGUCCAGAAGAGGCUGCCCUGUAGCCCAAAACAGCACAAGUCCCAGGAAAGGUGUCUCUGUGACCUACAGAUUUGCACAUGAACAGGAGAUA